UUUCAGUUUGAUUUUGUCGAGUUUUUGUCCGUUUUUGUCGUGCGAAAUAGCUUUUAUCCCAUCUUCCCGUAAUUACCAAACGACUGACAGAUCAUAAGAUGCUCUGCCUUUCGUUCUCCUGUUUUCUUCUCUCCCUCUGCAUUUCUUCCUUGCCCGAGAGAUAUUGCUUUCGAAAUGUUGAAAUCGAGUACGCAAAGGUUGAACAAAUGAGACUUUCAAAAAAGAAAGACAAAAGAGACAAAGAGUCAGAACACCUUGAUCCCUCAAUGUACCAAUCCCGAGCAAUUGACGCAAAUCAGCACCGAAGGACCCAUGACGGAGUACCCAGUCGCCGUGUAAUCCGAAAAGAAUAGAUUCCCAACUACCCUCACGAACACCAAACUUGAAAAAUCUUCACUCCCCAAACAAAGCAAACGGCAUGUGACGAAGAAGAAGAAUAAUAAUAAUAGACAACGC